UAUUAUAAUUUUAUUGAACAAGACAUAAAAUGUCAGAUAUACAAGACAUUUUUAAGAAACACUGUGUUUUACCUGAUGUAAUAAACACAGCGCCUUCUGAGUUACUGACUAUUCGAUACAAAAGCGGUGUAAGUGUUGAGACUGGAAAAGAGCUAACUCCUACACAAGUCAAAGAAAAGCCUGAAAUUAAAUGGGCAGCUAAAGAUACAGAGUAUUAUCUUCUGGCUAUGGUUGAUCCAGAUGCACCUAGUCGAGAGAAACCGAAAUUUAGAGAGUGGCAUCAUUGGCUGGUGGGAAAUAUUCACGGCGGUGACAUGAAUAAAAGCGAAGUGUUGUCUGAUUACAUAGGAUCAGGCCCACCAAAAGGCACUGGUCUACAUCGAUACGUGUAUUUGAUCUUUAAACAACCUGAAAAGUGUGAUUAUUCGAAAAUUCCGAAAUUGCCUAGUACCUCUGGAAAAAAUAGAGGCAACUUCUCUAUUGCUAAGUUUGCUCAGCAAUUUAAGCUUGGUUCUCCCGUUGCUGGGAAUUUUUAUGUAGCUCAAUGGGAUGAUUAUGUUCCUAAACUAUAUGCAAAACUUAAAGAUUAAUUUGUUCACUUUUCGUAACAUUUCACAAAAGUUAGUGAAUGGUCUGCAUUAAAUUUAUAAGUAAAAAUACGAUUGUCUAUGGUUUCGAUCGAUAACAAUUUCCGCCUCCGCGUGACAUUCUCAUUUUUUCGGUCCGCCAUAUCGUCCGCCAUUACAUUUCUAGAGUUUGCGUAAAUUGGUCGUUGCUGUGUGCGAUCAUCAACCUACAUCGGUUAUCAGUGACAUUUUACGUGCGUCGUGUCGCAGCGUUUCGUUAAAACAAA